GCCAGCGCCCUGGAGCUCAAGGAUCGCACUCCCGGAGGCCUUGGCUGCCCGCCGAGCUCAGCCCGCCGGGGAGGGGGCGCCCUGGAGCCUCUUCACCCCGGCAGCUGCGGGGAUGCUGAGAAGCCCGGUCCUGGGGCGCUCGGGACCCGCUCGCCCCCACCCGCGCCUGCCACACCGUCGCGCGCGGUCAGGGAGGCGGGGCUCACCUGGCCGUUUGGGGCGGGGCCGCUCGCGACCCGGGAACGCUGAGCGCCAGUUCCUCUCCCGGAGGGGCCCGGGAAGGGCAGCGAACGCUCGACCCUGGAAGCGCCGCGGCAGCAGAGGCAGGACCAUGGCCGAGCCCCGAGGGACCGCGAACCCGGGGCCCAAGGCCUCCCUCGCCGCCACCGCGCUGAGCCCCAGGAGCGCCCCGCAGCUCCGCCCCUGGAAAGUGGACCCCGCCACCCUGGGCAGGUACCGGGGCCACGCCGCCGCCUCCCGGGACCCCCUCCUCCACGGCUCAAUGCUGCUCCCGGCAGCGGGCUCCGGCCGCCGGCGGGGAGCGCUGCGGGAGCUGCUGGGGCUGCAGGGGGCGGCCCCCGCCGGCUGGCCGUCGGAGGACCGCGCAGAGGAGCCGUCCCCGGCCGGGCCGAACGGGCCGAACGGGCCGGGCGGCGGCGGGCUGUGCCUGGAGCCCCACGAGCACGCGUGGAUACUGGCGGCCGCCGAGGGCCGCCUUGAGGUGCUUUGGGAGCAGCUGGAAGCCGAGCCCGCCCUGUUGCUGAGGUGCGACCCGAUCACGGGCUACACGGUGCUGCACUGGUUGGCCAAGCACGGGUGCCACGAGGAGCUCAUCCUGGUGCACGACUUCGCCCAGCGCCGGGGGCUGCAGCUCGACGUGAGCGCCUCGGGCAGCGGCGGUCUCACACCCCUGCACCUGGCGGCCCUGCAGGGCCACGACAUGGUCAUCAAGGUGCUGGUGGGCGCCUUGGGGGCCGACCCCUCGCGCCGCGACUACAGCGGCCACCGGGCCUGUCACUACCUGCGGCCCGACGCGCCCCAGAGCCUGCGGGAGCUCUCGGGGGCCGAGGACUGGGAGACCGCGGGCGGCUGCGAGCGUAUCAACGCCAACAACAACAGCAGCGGCGGCGCCGCGUGGGCGCCGCGACGGACACCGAGCUGGGUGGGCACGAGCUCCAUGGAGACCCCGGCGAGAGCGGCGGCGUCGCCUUGCAAGGAGAAGAACUAUACAGGCAGCCGGGUGGUCCAAAUUCAGGGCCUUCUCCGCCAAAUGUUCCCCUUCUUCCAGGACCGUUGAGGGCGACAGAGACUGAAGAGCGCGGAGGGACCGUGACGCUGCGGUCGAGGCCUCGGUCGCGGGUGGUCUCGGGCCGCACCCGAAGGCGCGGCAGCUCCGGCCGCAGCGGAGUGCGCCUUGCCUGCAAGCAGCGGACCACCUCCAGGUUUGUUACGCGUACCUGUCCCAGGUCUCCUACAGCCACCGGCCAGGAGACCUGGGGAUCGGGACACCCUCACCGAGAGAGAGCAAAGACCCAGUUGUCCUGGGGCCGAGUCCCAAAACUAGGGCACUGUUAGGGUAAGAGGAUGGUCCUGCUUGGGAGAGGAAAAGUUGCGCUUCCAGGAGCCGUUUCUGGGCAGGCCGAAGCUCCGGGUGUACUGGGAAGCACUUGCUAGAAGAAUGACUUAAGACUGGAGAGCACGGAUAGGGAGGGGGCGCGCCUGCCUGUAGGCUUGCCUCUGCUCCUGCUGCGGGCAGAGUCACCCUUUCCCCCACCCUGCUCCUGAGACGUCCAGGAUUUACUGGUUUUUUUCCUAAUGUACCUCGGAUGCCUUCUUAAGCAUAUUAAAGCGGGGUAUUUUUCUUUUCACA